CGUGGCCUCUGCUCGUCCCUGUCCUCGCCGCCGCCACACGUUGCCUCUGCUCAUCCCCGUCCUCCGCCGCCACGCCUCUCGUCUCCUCAUCCCCGUCCUCCGCCUCCACCUCCCCGAUUCCACUUCCCCGCCUCCAACCGAUGAUGGUAGCCCGAGAUCCAUGGUGGCGGCGGUUGCAGCAACCCCAUGGGAGCGGGGGCUAACACUAGCCGCCGCAGCGCGCCUCUGCUGCUCAAAACCAACGGCCAGGGCCAUGGAUCUCACCAGGGGCCUCCCUCCUCCGUCUCCCAGGCCCCGCAUCUGCCUCGCCAUAUGCAGAUUCGGAGCAGCAAGGGUCGGACUAGCAGAGGAUGACGACCGUGACCUGCCGGAGGCCCGAGCUCGACGAUGCCCCGCACAAGGAGCUCUCCGCCUCUCCAGUUCCAUGGAUGGUGACGACUGGGACCCCACGCUCAAGCCCGACGAGCUGGGCGAGCUCGACGGCAAGGUCGUCCGCCCUGCCCACUAUGAUUCCCCACAGAACAAGAAGGUAAGAUUGGGAAGCUGGCUACUUGUUGCUGCACAUCACAAUCAGCCACGAGAUGAUGGUUGCCAUCAGAGGGCCGAUAGCAAGAACCUAAAUAAUGACCUCUAUAGUUUGUAUGUUACAUUGAUAUAAAAUGAAUUGUACUCAUUCAUAACCCUGUUGUGUGAUUUUUUUUCAAUCUAUAUUGUAAGUUAUCAUUUUUGUAGAUGAU